UGAGAGAGAGAGAGAGAGGCAGAGAAAAAGGAAGAGAACGAGAACCGUGCUGUAGAAAAGCAGGUGUGAUUCAUGAAUAAACUAUAGUUUGUAACCCUAUGGGAUACUGAUGAAACAAAUAGAAUUUUCACAGACAUGGAUAAUACAAGAACACAAGACACUUUUUCACAGGAAUGGCUAUUUUACUGGGGAAAUCUUCAGUCUGUCUCAGAAGGCUGUUGUUUAUUCCUCCUAUGAAGGGCUGUGGAAAAGCUUCUACAGUUUAAGCCAGGAAAAAAUCCUCAAAAUUAUGAACAUGGUGAAAAAUAAAGAAGUGAGCAUUGAAGGAGCUUUGCAUUUGGCACAGAAAGAGGUGUAUGCUGAAAAGGAUUCGCCGGAUUUGCUAACUGGCUCACAAUUUAACUUUAGUAUCUACAAAUACAAGCACUAUCGGUGGCAGAAACGAAUUCUGCAGAUUGAUUUCAACACAAAGACAAUUUUUAACUUUGAAAAAGGAAUUAUUAAGAAACAGUUCCCUUUCUCACAAGUCAAAGCCUGUGAAGAUACUGAAAGAAGACGCUUCAGCAUUGUGUUUCAUGGGCGACAAGAUUAUGAGCUGGAAGCAGUGUCUCUUGAUGAUAAAAGGAAGAUAAUAUACCUUCUGAGCAGAGUUAUACAGAGUAACUCAUACAAAAGACCAGAAGAGUCCUGCUCUAGAAGAUCUGCAGAAUAUGAUGUGAUACAUGAAGGACUGCUGGAUUUGCAGCAGAACAGUUUUAUAUCCACUGAAUGGGUGAAGUACUUGGUACAACUACGUGAAGGAGAAUUGACUUUGUAUUGCAUAGGUCUGGGAAGAGAGAGCAAGAAUGCACACUCUGUAACGAAUACAAUUAAUUUGUCAGGUGGUGAUGUGAGUGUCAGCAAGGAGAAUGAAUGUGGUACCUUUUCAGUCCAGACCAAAGAACACAAUUAUUUGUUUCGAAUACCCUUUACUGUCCAAAAUAACAGGACAGAGGAUGUCAGCAAGCUCCAGAAUGAAUGGGUGUCUCUCAUAGAAAGGUACUGUCAGCUGUGCAAGGGUACCUCUCUCUCUCAGGAGGGAUCUGAAGGAGACACCUCCUCUGAAGCUGAUUACGAGAAUGUUACCGUAGCUCUGAAUGAAGAGAAAGAGGAGGCACUCUAUUUCGGUUUGAGUUCUGCAACAAGUGAUUUGAACAAACCUUUAAACUCCUGGACAAAGCCUGCAGAAGGGGAAGCAGCCCUGGCAUCACCAUCUCCAAUUCCCAUAAGUAAGGCAGAGGUGCCACCAGCCCCACCUGUGUUCCCACAGCCCUGCAGCCUUUCUCCCUUGACAAAGAGAACUAAAGCCUUUCACUGGGAUGUUGUUCCUUGUGAUAAGAUUCAAAAAUCCAUCUGGGGAUCAUGUGAUCCAUGCAAGAAAAAAAUAGACAUUUCCAGACUCUGUGAUCAGUUCCAGAUCCAGGACUUGGCUGCAUUUUCAGGCAGUGAACCUCCAGUCAAACAGCACAUCCUGUUAGAUCAAAAAGUUGCACAUAACUUCAACAUUUUUCUUAAAAGUUUUCAUAUAAAACCAAGUGAGUUGAAAGAAAAACUAUACAUUAUACAUGAAGAGAGUGGUGGACUUACAGAUGAGCAGAUUACAGCACUACGAAGAUACAUGUUAACACCAAAAGAUGCAGAAAGAUACCAGUCAUUCAAGGGAUCUCCUUCAAAGCUGCAUGUAGUUGAUCAGUUUAUGUUAGAGAUGUGUAAAAUCCCCCACUUGGGCCAGAGGCUGGAUCUCCUGCUUACCAUACGUGAACUACCUAUGAGCAUGAGAGACUUGGAGCCUCUAAUAAACCAGAAAAUCCAAGCAAGUAAGCAGCUGCAAUCCAGCCAGAAAUUUGUUGCUGUCUUGGAGUACAUUUUAGCCAUUGGAAACCAUUUAAAUGAAAAGGCUGGAAAAGAGAAAGCUAAAGGAUUUCGAUUGUCAUCUUUGACCAAAUUAUCUCUGUUGCGGGGUAAGGAGAGGACAUUCACCUUGCUUCACGCCCUUGUGGAACAGAUCUUCUUACAUGAGCCUGAUUUGGCUAAAUUUUCUCAGGAGCUGACAGAAUUUGAAGCUGUUCCUGAUGCUUCCAUGAAGGGCCUAAGUGCUGAAGUUGAUGUUUUAAAAAAAGAAUUGGAAAACGUUAUUCAGUGCAGAAGGCUUAUUAAACCCAAGACAAUCAAGGCAACACCCCAGGAGUUACAGUUCUGCAAGGAGCUAAAGGAUUUAAUUCAGAAAUAUGAAGAGGAUCUAUCCCAGCUGUCAAAAAGAUGUGAUGAAAUGAAGAAGCUUUAUAGCAAUGUACUGGUUAAAUUUGGGGAACCACAAGACCUAGACUCUCAGGAGCUAUUUGGAUGGAUAUCUUCGUUCAUUAGUGAGUUUAGAAAGGCCUGUACUGAAGUCAUGCAGUAAGGACUACCUUAUUCUUAUAAAGAGGGGAGAGAAAGAGAAAUCCAGGAAAUGUUUGAGUUAAUUGUUUUGAAAGUGGUCCUUCUAAUAGGGACCAAAUACCAUAUAGUCUGCACAUCAGUAUAUUUUGAUUUUGAGAGGUAUUCAAUUUCUCAUGUGUAGUUUUGUAAGCGGUAUUUGACCUGUCGGAUCACAGAUUACUUAUGAGACUCCUUCAUUUUUUCUCAUGUAUGUGCUUUUGUACCUUGAGAUGCCUGUACACUUAGAAAGGAGAUGUUCUUGACAUUUUAUAAUUUCUUUUUCAUCUUUUUCUUUGAUACCCAGUCUUCUGACAUUUAAUUAUUACUUUCAGUGAAUGAAUUUAUAUAUGGUAAUCUAAUUUGUAAUUAUUUUUGCUGUAGUUUUCUAAAUAAUACUUCACAAGUUUUACAAUGAAAUGGGGAGCCAGUCUCCGCUGUGGAUAACAUUUAGCAAAAAUUCUUGUUUGUCUUCAGCUGUUAAAGCAUUGCAGCUUUAGUAUUUAAUGGUCAAAAUGUCUGGUUGGGUGCUUUUUCCCCCCCAUUAGUACAAUAAAGCAGUGCUUUUUUUUUUUUUGCUAAUGUAAUGAAUUUGGGUAAAAUACUGUAGAAGCCAAUCAAUAUAUGAAAUUUGCAUUGGUAGGAAGAGAACAAUAUCAGAGCAGUGAAAUAAAAACGUGUCAUGAGGCAUCAAAGUAAUGGAUACUGGAAGCAAUUACUGAUGGUUUUCAAAAGCAAAAAUACUUUUGCAUUUGUUGGCUUUUCCAUAUUUUUAAUUAGAAUAAUUACUUUGAGCUUAAAAAUAUGAGAAGAAAAGGAAGAUUAUAAAUGCAAAGACAGAAAUGGAUGUGUUAAACACUGAAAGCAGAACACAGUUCUACAAGGUCAUUGAUAAAAUUUAGCAUUUUCCGUACCGCUUCUACAAACAGUGUUGUAUGAUAAAAAGCAUACUCCUUGACUUAUUUUAGAUCUGACUGCCCAGACCUCACAAUGUUUGGGCUUUAAUAGAAAGCCCAGUAGAUAGAAAUGCUGAACACUGUCCCUGGCUUUAAUACUAAAAGGAAUUAGAUAUGACCCCUCUGAAAAGUUUAGUUGCACUUAAAUCUAAAAAUUACCUCCAGUAAAGAGCCUGGGAACCCUCCAGUUAGGUGCUACCAUGCUUAGAUUUUUAGUGCUGGUCAUGCCAGUCAGUAAGAGACAACUAUCAGAAAUGUAGACAUGGUUUGACGCUGUCUGAAAAAUGGAGAUAAAAGAAGCCUCAUUUUUUUUUCUUGUCUUGGCCUCAGUAUUUUAAAGGACAUCGCAGGCUGCAGUUGCUGGGAGCUUAACAGCUUCUGCCGUGCCAUGACUAGUGGCACACCUCUAUACAAAGGCUCAGAAAAGCAUUCCUGUGUUUAAUGUGGGCAUCAGUACAAAGGCAAUUGCUCUAUUUCACAUCAGCCAUGAUACAUCUGCACAGGGAAUAGGAUGCAGCUGAACCCUUGCCCUUUGCUAGGCACUGGGUGCUCCCAUUUGGAAGCCAAAUUUGCUCCUGAGGGCAGGUGCACACAAAUUCUGUUUCAAAGAAUUGAGCAGGGAUCACACAUGCACUUGUAAAAUCCUAGUUGCAACCUCUCCUUUGAAUAAUCACUGAAGAAGUGAAUUCUGCACUGGAGGAUUCAAAUCCCUAUAAUCUGCCUCUUAAAAGUGUUCUGGCCAAAAGGUGUGCUAUGCAGGUGUCAACAGGAGGUAUCGGGUGUUUAGCGAGUGUGCUGAUGAGCAAAUGUGCAACCGCUCCAGCUGUGUCCUGGUGGAGGCAAACCUGGCACCACCUGUGAAUGCCAAUGGGCCUCACUGCUUAGGUUUUCUGGGUUCAAUCCACCCAGAAACUUAGAAAUUUAGAAAUCUCAGGGGAUUUCUAAAAAGCUUUUUGAGGGAGGAGCUCAACACAUUGUGUAUUUCAUACACUAAACAUCAUUUUUCAGGCACCUACUUAUCAAGUAUAGAAAAUGUUUUGUGUGAGGGAGCGGAUGCCUGAACUGCAUUGCAGCAGACACAGAAGUGCCAGCGGAUCAGUGCAGCCCCUCACCCCUGUACCACUGAUGUCACUGGUGUCCAUAAACUCUUGUAAUUCUGCAUUAAAAAAAUACAUCAUUUUGGCUUCUCAGCAGUUUUGUCAGUUUUAUGCUUCUAGUUAAGAACAUGCAGUCAUGUUUCUCAGAGGCUAAAGGAAUGCAAUUAAAAUAUAUAUAGCAAAAAAUGGUAUUUCUGAUACUUAUUUUACAAAACAUCAUUUACAGAAACAAAUAAAGGGAUUUAAUUUUAGAGAUUUUUUUUAAAUUAUUAUUAUUUCUCAAAAAAAUGACUAUAUUGGUCUCAAGUCAGCAUCAGAACAGUGAUACCUGGUUGAUGCUGAAGUCAGUAGCAUCUCUAUAUAUCAGGACCUAUAGCAUCUAUACAUAGUGAGAGCUACAGCUUAGAUCAGUCCUUUUUGACUGGAAGAGGAAAAUUAAAUUCUUUAAUUUCUUGCAUCUCUGUCUCACAAUGCACUAUCCAGUGCAUAUAUGUACACAGAAAACAACAUUUGCAGUUCUUGAUGUGUUAUUACUGUGCAAAAAUCUGAGCCAUCUUCAUUUAUAUGUGAAUCAUGUAAGAUAAUUCUGAAUACAAGUGUCAUUUCCAUGGUAUCAAGAUCCCUGAAUCCCUGAACAGCAUUCGUGAUGGUCAUGAUAAGUUUCAUGUUUUUCUACCAUUACCUUAGCUCAGAAGUCCUGGGAAGUCUCUUUUAACUAAAUAGUUUUUUUUUCCCUCUCUCUCUCUCUCUCUCUUUUUUUUUUUCUUUUCAUGACUCACUUUUUUUUUCCCUAGUCUUUUUUCUCUCUUAUUAUAUCUAACAGCUUGUACUUGUUUUAUAGCUUGGCUGGCAUGGCUUCUUCCAAUUAAAAAUAUAUUCUACACAGUAGUCGA